UCAAAUAUAUCGCCAAGUUAAGGACUAGAGUGCAAUGAACCUGCGCCAAAUUUGUAGUAAGCGAGCCUCUCUCUCUAAAUGAGAUGAUCUCAGCUCUUGCUACUCUUCUCUCAUUUUACAGCUUUCUUCUCCGGACGACUUUAAAGACGUUAACCUCUGCCUUAUUCGCAGGCCUCCACUCUAUGAAUUUCAAACUUGUUGCAAGGAAUAGAACAGCUAGAACCAUGUAUUAUUCCAUGCCAAGAGGGAAAGUCACAAUUUACUUGAACUCUCUUUAUUCCUACGAUGAAUCUAUUGUCGUUGAACGUAACGGCAUUGAAUACGACAACCUUCAGCAAGCACUACUCAGUAUGGGUUUCACCAAAAAUGAAAACCAAUCACAUGUUGUAUUUCUCCCAUGUCCUUUGGGAUCAUUUUCGAAGUCUUUGGGAACAAGAAGCUGGAAAUGCGUUGAUUGCUCUCCUGGUGGUUUCUACUCCGACACACUUGGUUAUGUUGCAGACGGCUGUAAGAAAUGUCCAAAUGGUUCUUACGUGGCAUAUGACAAAAAACCUGGAAAAUCUGUAUUGGACUGCAAGACAUGUCCUGACGGAACAGAAACCGAUUUUUUCGCUGGACAUCGUGCUUGUCCCUGCUUGGAAGGACAUUACCGAACUCAUCUCUUCGAAAAGUGUUUUACAUGUGGCCGAAGCGGGCUGCAAUGCCAAGAUGAGUAUGCCUCACUAAAACCUGGCUUUUGGUGGCAAUGGCGGAACGAGUCCUAUAAACAUCGCUAUGAAUAUUUCAUGAAAAAUCUCGCCCGACAGUUACCUGCAUUGGAUGAUUUCUCAGUGCAAUAUCCUUAUGCAAUACCAACACCAUACAGAUGUCAGGUAGAGGAGUCUUGCAAAGGUGGUUUGGACUCACCAUGCGGAGAAGGGUAUCAAGGUCCACUUUGCGCUGUAUGCAAUCCAGGGUACCACAAACAAUUUCACUCUUGUGAAAAAUGUCCUUCACGAGCCUGGAUCGCAGCACAAUUAUCUCUCAUUGCUACUAUUAUAGCGAUAUUGUUGGCCCUUUUAGUAUGGAGAAAGAAAAAUAAUAUUUCAAAGGACCGGGGACUCUCUCUUUUCGACAAUUUGUUGUCAAAGCUUAAGAUCUUGAUUGGUUUUUAUCAAGUCACUCAUGGCUUGUUAGACGUGUUCUCGUUCAUUGAAUGGCCAGAUUCAUUGCAGGUUGUGUCCAAAUAUUCAGGAAUUUUACAGAUGAAUCUGCUUCAGGUAGCACCGAUUCACUGCCUUAAUCACAAAUUACACGUGGAUGCCUUUGGAGAUUUGUUUGUGCUCUUGUCAAUGAACGCCAUUGUUAUCGUUGGUUCGUGUAUGAUCUCUAGUUUUUGGUACAUGAUGAUCUCAAAAAAACAGGGCCUGGAGGAGGACAAAAAGGCAAGCAAAAUUUCACAGGGGAAAGUUUUUGUUUACAGAAACGUUUUUUUCUUCCUGUACGUGACAUACCUAAGCACUUGUUCGAGGACAGCCAGUGUUAUGCCGUUCGCCUGUCAGAAACUCUGCAAAGACAAAAGAGAAGAGUUAUGUGACGAGUACCUGAAAGUAGAUUACAACAUAAAAUGUCAAGGAGCAAAUUACAAUCAUCUUGUGAUUGUAGCUUAUGUUUCAGCUGCAUACAUCAUUGCUUUACCUGCUCUUUAUCUCGUCGCCCUUUGGAGGCAUCGCCGAACAAUCAUAACCAAGAAAGACCGUGAUAAUGGCUCUGAUCCAGAAAUUGUCGACGGAUUGCGAUUUCUCUUCGAAAAUUACAAACCUCGUUCCUGGUAUUGGGAACUGGUUGAAAUGUCCCGCAAGUUCAUUCUUACAUGCGGCCUCAUUCUUGUGGGUCAAGAAAGCAGAUCCUUCAUUGGAUUGGCCUGGGUUGUUGCCGGUAUGUAUGCAGUGCUUUUCUGCUGGAUCAAACCCAUGCAAGACACUUUUGAGAACAGACUGAUGUCCACUUCCCUUGCCGUUACAAUUGUAAACUUAGGUAUUGGUGCUGUCAGCAGAAUUCCGGCAGAGAACAUAUCAAACAUGGCGGACCAUCACAAGGACGCUUUGGUAAUGAAAAUACUGAUUAUUGGGGCAAAUACGUUGGUGAUUGGCCUUCUUGCUGUUCAGUACCUGGCAUUCUUACAUCAGUUCUUCAAAGAGUGGCGCAAAAAUCCAAAAUGGUCCUUGUCUUGCUGCCUAGCCUUGCUUCUUCCACUUAAUGACCUUCAAGGCGAGAUUCGUGGAAUGGUUGGCAAGAACCUGCUUAAAACACAACUUCAGUCAGGGAUCAUUGGGAAGCCCUCCAUUGCGGCCAGUGCAAAAGAUAGUGGAGCAUUAAGUUUUUCUCCAACCCAUGAAGACAGUGAAAGACAAGAAGGAAGUUCAGUAAAAUCCAGGGUGACCAGAUGUAGCAACACUAAAUGUGACCGUGGGACACAAACAGAAACACUCGCACCGGUAUCUACCGCUACCGCUGAACAUGCACAGGAAUCAUGGAAAGCGUGCCAGCAGAUAACCAUGAGUCGGCUCUCUGACCAUCACAUACCACUUUCUGAAGCAGAGGAAGCCACCUCAAAAGAAGAAAAGAGAGACAGGAAUAAUGAGGAAUGAAGAAGACGGCCAGAAAUAUUAUAGAAUUUAGCAUACAAGGCAAC